AUGCGCUAAUAUUCACGUAAUCCAGAAUGUAUUUUGUUUUACUUUCAUGAAUUACUGUCGUUUUAGAUAUCAGCAGUUUUCAAAGUUAAAUUAUAUUUCUUACUACAAAGAACUGCUAUUGUUAAGAUGGUAAAUGUGUAAAUGAUAUUGAUUGUCAAAUUAAUACAACUUCUGUUACAACUCGUGAAUGUCUAUUAGUAAAUGCUACCUACUGCAGAUAUAAUUAUACAAAAGGUUUAGGAUGCUCUUUUUAUGAUUGUAGUGAUAUCAAAAAAGAAACUAUACGUACUUCAUCAAAUCUUGAUAAUGGAUAAAAUUGUAAAUGGGUAAGUGGUUCUUGUUAUCCUCGUUCUUGCUUAGAAUAUACAAUAUAAGCUGAUUGUGAAAGUAGUUAUGGCUCAAAUAACUUUGCAAUCACAAAAUGUUAUUGGUGUUUAAUAAAUGCCAACAAAUGCUCCAAUAAUAAAUAUUGCUAUCCAACUAGCAUGGUUCUACCUAAUUCGCAUCAAGAUUGCAACAGUGUAAAUAGCUUGA